GAGGGCGGGGUAGCGGGGAGGGGGGCUAAGGGGGAGGCGGGGCCGCGGUGUCCCGUCAGGCGCUGCGCGGGGCGGCGGCGGCGCCAUGUCGGUGGCGUUCGUACCCGAGCGGCUGCGCGGGAAGGCGGAGGUGAACCAGGAGACGCUGCAGCGGCUGCUGGAGGAGAACGACCAGCUGGUGCGCUGCAUCGUGGAGUACCAGAGCAAGGGCCGGGCGACCGACUGCGUGCAGUACCAGCACAUCCUGCACAGAAACCUCAUUUAUUUAGCGACCAUCGCUGACGCAACGCCGCCCAGCACGCAGAAGGCGGCAGACUGACGGCGUGUAGCUGCACACACGCAGUGAUGUUCUUGAGACUCUGUAGAAACUCUUGUGUAGAUCCCACCUUGAGAGCUGAGAAGGCGUAGUCCUGAAAGGCUGGUAAAGAGUCAGACUUUUAUGUUAAAAAUGUGAUUGGACUUUCUUUAUGUAAUGAUAGAAUAGCUGGUUCUUCUGUUAGUUUAAGUAGAGCUUCAGGGAGGUAAUUGACACGUCCUUUUUUUUUUU